GAUAAGGGUAGAGACAGGAGGAAGAGUUUAGAGAGAGAAUUUUCUGCUGUGGGGUAUUCGUUUUUUUUUUUCUAUUUUCUAUUUUAUUUUUUUCCCUUCUGUGCUGUGAACUAUAUGAAGCUUUGAGUUAUUGUCACCAAUGGCUUCGGACCAAGAAAUAGCGGAAGGGGUCGAGAGCCUUCUCCGUCAAUCCGACCCGAAUUCGCUGACAUCGUUUCACGGCAUCGUUCAACAGCUCGAGGCCAAGCUAGGGGUAGACCUCUCGGGGAAGACGGGUUUCAUACGUGACCAGAUCAACCUCCUCCUUCGCGCUCACCCCUCCGCUGCCGCAACCGCCUCCGUCCCGCAACGGCCGCCGCAGUCCGCAUUCAAUGUGUCUCCGAGAGCCCACUUCACCCUCCACCACCCUUCGCAACACCAUCAUGCUCAGCCCCAGCAAUUCACUUCCCAUUUUGCUCUUCAGCCUCCUCCCCACCACUCCUAUGAUCUCAAUUUCCAGCAGCCGUAUCCGCUGCCUGUUCCGCAGAUUCCGCCUUCGCUGCUGCAGCAGCAGCCACCGCGACAACCGCCGAUGCUGGCUACUCAAGGCGUGAACGCUGCUGUCUCUGUUGAUCAGGCUCCGGCCCGGAAAGAAAGUGCUCCAGCUGGAUCCAAGAGAAAGGGUGGUCCUGGCGGUCUUAACAAAGUCUGUGGGGUCUCUCCUGAGCUUCAGGUCGUAGUUGGGGGACCUGCUCUUCCAAGAACUGAGAUUGUGAAGCAGUUAUGGGCUUACAUAAGGAAGAACAACCUCCAAGAUCCAAAUAACAAGCGGAAGAUCAUCUGCGACGAUGCCCUGCGAGUGGUUUUUGAGACGGAUUGCACUGACAUGUUCAAAAUGAAUAAGCUGCUCGCAAAACAUAUUCUCCCGCUUGACCCAACAAAGGAAUCUGUUCAAGCGAAACGGGUGAAAGCGGAUGCUGAGUGUAAGACUGAAACCACAGACACAGAGCCAGUCAGUUCAACUAUUGUACUGUCUGAGCCUCUUGCUAAGUUCUUUGGGACAGGUGAGACAGAGAUGGAGGGAACAGAAGUUACGCAGCGUGUUUGGGAAUAUGUAAAACUCAAUCAUUUGGAGGAUCCGUUGAAUCCGAUGGCAAUCCAUUGCGAUGAAAAGCUGAGGGAUCUCCUCGGGUGCGAAAGCAUUUCAGCAGUGGGGAUAAAUGAGAUGCUGAGGCGUCAUAUGUACAAGCGGCCGUAAUAUCAGAUGGGUCUGACUUCCAUUACUAGUGUGUGUGACUAGGGAACCUUCUUGUGGCUAAUGCUGUAAAACUCUCACGUGAAAAGGCCCUUCUUUUUUUUUUACCUUUUAACUUUCUCAUGUUUUGAGUUAUUUGUUUGGUUGGUCUGUGUAUGGAGAUGGUUAGGGUGAAUAUUGUACUCACAGUCACAGAUAUUGUGGGGUCUUUUUGUUGUUUUGGUAGAUCAAUGGGCAGAUGGCUGGUGAUAUUUUGUAUUCGCGCCCUUCGCCCUUCUAUCUGUAAGAUUCUCCUUAUGCCUCUAUGCUUAUUUAGUGUCAGAUGGAGAGAGUUUGGCCUCUCUGUACAGUUUUUUU